ACUUCACGUUCUCUGGCACUACUUAAAACCGAUAAGAUUACUAGGCUAAAGCAUAGAUACACAAUUACCACAGCAAGUUGUGUUUUAAUAUGUGCAUGCAGUUUUUAUUACAACACCGUAAUUGAUCAAAAUGAUUUCUAACACCAAGUUAAUUUUGCUAAUAAUACUGUUUACCCUUGCGCAAAGACCAAUCGAAACAGCAUCAAAUCGUUCGUUUCCCGCUUCUUUCAAAUUUGGAAUAGCAACCUCGGCGCACCAGAUUGAAGGUGCGUGGAAUGAAGAUGGUAAAGGAGAAAAUAUAUGGGACCACAUUUGUCACACUAACCCCGACUAUAUUGACAACGGAGACAAUGCAGAUUUAGCUUGCGAUUCAUAUCACAAAUAUAAAGAAGAUGUCGCCAUGUUAAAAGAUUUAGGUGUUAAUUAUUACCGAUUUUCUUUAUCCUGGUCAAGGAUAAUACCUUUGGGUAUAGCCGGUAGUCCUGUUAAUCCGGCUGGUAUUGUUUACUACCAAAAUUUACUCCAAGAAUUAAUCGAUAACGAUAUUGAGCCACUUGUAACCAUAUACUGUUGGGAUCUUCCUGAAACAGUUGAAGAAUAUGGAGGGUUUCCUAAUCCAGAAUUUGAGGAACAUUUUGCCUAUUAUGUUCGAGUUGUCUUCCAAAAUUUUGGACAUUUGGUGAAAUAUUGGAUAACUUUCAAUGAACCUCUAGAGAGUUGCUAUCAAGGAUAUGGCACUGGGACGAUGGCACCUGGUUACAGUCAUUCAGGUUUAACUGAUUAUAAAUGUGCCCAUAAUAUAAUUAAAGCGCAUGCUAAAGCAUACCACGUAUAUGACGAAGAAUUCAGAACUCAACAACAAGGAUCCGUUGGCAUUGUUCUUGAUACAUCUUGGUAUGAACCAGCAACCGGUGGUGCUGCAGAUGUCGAAGCUUCUGAAAGAGCACUUCAGUUUGCAUUUGGCUGGUACAUGCAUCCCAUUGCGUUUGGAAAUUAUCCUCCGGUGAUGGUCGAAAGAAUAGACCAAAGAAGUGAACAACAGGGUUUUAACACCUCCAGGCUUCCAAAAUUUACAGAAGACGAAAUUGAGUACAUUAAAGGAACCUACGACUUUCUUGCUAUAAACACAUAUACAACGGUCUAUGCUCAAGCAAGAGAAGAAUACGAUAUAGACGUCAUCUCUUGGGACAGUGACAUGAAUGUAGACAUGUUUCUUGACGAUUCUUGGGAGGAGACAGGCUCCUCGUGGUUGAGGGUCGUUCCAUGGGGAAUUAGAAAACUUCUCAACUGGCUUAGCAAAACUUACAACAACCCAGAAAUAUUUAUAACAGAAAAUGGUGUUUCAGAUAAAGAUGGUUUACAAGAUGAUCAAAGAAUCAACUUCUUUAGAGAAUAUCUCAGUAAUGUUUUGGAUGCCGUGCUAGACGAUGGUGUCAACGUAACGCGAUAUACCGCGUGGAGUUUAAUGGAUAACUUUGAAUGGCAACGAGGUUUCUCAGAAAAAUUCGGUCUAUAUCACGUUGACUUCGAAGAUCCUGAGCGGUCUAGGACUCCAAAAGCUUCUGCCGAAUAUUAUGCUCAAGUAAUUGCCACUAGAUGUUUGGUUGAUGUUUGUGAUUAAAGUAGAAGAUGUAAUCUAAAAUAUAUUAUGAAGCAAAAUUACUUAUUAUUGCAAUCAAUAAAUAAAUUUUACAUAGUGA